GUAAAUUAAACAUUAAAACAAAUAUACAUUCUUGAGUAAAAAAUUGUCUACAGAACCGUAAGUGAGGCGCCUUCUUUAACGUUUCGACCUUGAAAUUAGUGAUCUUGGAACUUAAAUUUAAGCUGCGAAAAGAGAUUUGAGAAAUUGUGUAUGUAUCGAAUUUUCUUUGUUUUAUACAUUUACAGUGUUAUGACAAUAUAUGUGCUUAGUCAUGUUUAAAGCCAUGUAAAGCUCCAGAAGAUUUUAGCGCCUUGCAGUCAUCAUGAAAGCAGUUUGUUAGUUGGUCAUCGACAGUGAUCGCAAUACGACGUUUUAAAAAUUAUUCACACGUAUAUUUAAAAAGGGAAGAAAUUAAAUAUCAACGGGCUUAUCGUAACAGUGUUAAUAGAUGUGGUUUUUAAUUUUAUGUGUGGUCAUUGGGUGGCUCCUCUAUAAGUAUGGGCUGAGAAAUGAGCACUUCUUCCGAGAUCGUGGUGUUAAGUACCACAAGCCUUUACCCUUUUUCGGAAAUUCGUUCAGAUUCUUCAUUCAGCAGGAAAAUCUUAUAAGCCAUGUUCAGAAACUUUGCAAGGAUUUUAGAGAAGAAAAAAUUUUUGGAAUAUUCGAUGUUAUGAAACCAACUUUGGUUAUUCAAGAUCCUGAACUUGUGAAAUAUCUUGCAAUUAAGGAAUUUGAUCACUUUACUGAUCAUCGACAGUUGAUCACACCAGAUAUUGAUCCCCUGUUCUCUCAUUCCCUAUUCUCCCUCAAAGGACAAAAAUGGCGCGAAAUGAGAGCAACACUCAGUCCAGCAUUCACAGGAAGCAAAAUGCGCCUAAUGUGCGGUCUUAUAGUGGAAAUAUGUGAGCAAAUGGUUGAUUUCCUAAAGACAGAAGCUCAAACAAAAGGACCUCAAGCUCAUGAAGUUAAAGAAUUAUUUUCCAGACUAGCUACUGACAUAAUUGGGACAUGUGCUUUUGGGAUUAAGGUGGAUUCCUUGAAAGAAGAGAAGAACAAAUUUUACGUUGUUGCUAGUGAGAUGUUCAAUACAACUUCAGUACUUCUAACAAUUAAAUUUAUUGCUGCCAGAGCAUGUCCCAAGUUGAUGAAGCUUUUUGGUGUUACAAUCUUCGAUGAGCACUAUAGGCAUUUCCUAAACGGUUUAGUCUUAAAUAAUAUGAAAACGCGCAUGGAGAAAAACAUAGUUCGACCUGAUAUGAUCAAUCUUCUAAUUGAAGCCCAGAAAGGAACACUAGACAACACAUCAACUGAUCAAGAUUCCGCAGGUUUUGCAACAGUUGAAGAGUCUCAAAUGGGAACUGUUGCUAAAAAGACAUCCUGGACUGAAGAAGAAAUUGUGUCGCAAUGUUUCAUAUUUUUCUUGGCGGGAUUUGAUACUUCAUCAACUGUUCUCACCUUCGUAGCCUAUGAAGUUGCAAGGGAUCCAAAAGUCCAAGAAAAACUCUAUCAGGAAGCUAAAGCAUUCUAUGGUGAAUUGAAGGGAAGUCCACUGAAGUACGAAACCUUGCAGAAGAUGAAGUACCUGGACAUGGUGGUUUCUGAAACUCUACGACUUUGGCCACCUGCUGCGGCUGUUGAUCGUAUCUGCACCAAGGACUUUACAAUGGAAUACGACCAGGGUAAAAAGUAUACUUUCACGAAGGGUGAACAAAUCUGGAUCCCCGUUGGAGGUUUCCAUUUCAAUCCAAAAUACUUUCCCGAACCAGAAAAGUUUGACCCAGAACGUUUCAGUGACGAAAACAAGUCUUCAAUCAAUCAAUCUGCAUACAUGCCUUUUGGAGUUGGCCCUAGGAAUUGCAUUGGAUCACGUUUUGCUUUGAUGGAAGUUAAAUCCCUUAUAUUUUACUUAAUUGUAAACUUCCAUUUUGAUUUGUCGAACAAAACUGAAGUUCCUCUUGUUAUGAAGGGAUCAUUUGUGGGACUUAAAGCAAGAUCUGGCGUUUGGAUCAAAUUCCGUCCAAGGGAGUAAAAUUUGGUUAAAAACAUGAGGAUGAGGUCCAUGAGGUCUUCUUGUGACCGGACUCAUUCCACAAUAGAGUGGUACUUUGCACAUUGGAGUAGUAAUAAUAAGUAAUAAUAAUAAGUUUAUUGGUUCAUGCCCAGGAUACAGAAAGUAACAUGUAGGACUAUACAAUGAGUAGAGUUACUUCAAGAUUUUAAGACGAGAUAUGAUAAAAAAAAUAAAGAAAAAAAUAUAAUGUUUUUAAAGUAUUUUUUAAAAGUAGAGUAUCUUGUAAAACAUUUAAUUGGAUUUAUUCUGAAGAAUAUGUGCUUUAAUUAAUUAAGAAAAAAACUGUAAUAACUUAAUAAGACGCAAAGUAUUAAAGAAUUUUUUUUUCUCUAAA